AGAGGAGGUUGCCUGAAAAGGAAGCACGACUCGCUUAUCGCGUCAUUCUGGGUUUAGGCGUUGAGCAGGAAACAGCCUUUCCUCUCGGAUUGUCGCAGUAGGAACAAACACACAAUUUUGUCUUUGCUCAAUGCACCCCUCGGCACAGAACACGCGGAAGCCGGUCAGAAGGAAAAAUGCCUCCUUCGAUAGAGAUAGCUGUUCUUCUCCUUGGCGUCCUGGCUUUGGAGACGCGCCGGAGUGCCAGCGCGCUGCAGAUCCAACAGGCAUUCGCGUCUCCAAAUCAGACCAAUAACUUCGUGGUGGACCCGGUCUCCAGAAAAGUCUACCUGGCCACGGUCAACACGGUCUACCAGCUGAAUGGGACCCUGAGCAUCGAGGUGGAGAAGAGGACCGGGCCAGUGGAGGACAACCUGUUGUGCCAUGCGCCACAGCUGCCACAGGCUCCAUGUGAGCAUCCUAAAUUCCUCACUGAUAACUACAAUAAGCUCCUGAAACUGGACAGAGAGCAAGGGGUCGUGGUGGUGUGUGGCUCCGUGUAUCAGGGCUUCUGUGAGCUCAGAAAAAUGGGGAAUAUUUCAGAGAUAGCAGUGGAGUUCCCACCUCAGGGUGAGAAGACUGUUUUCCCCAGCAUGCUGAACAUUGCUGCCAAUCACCCGAACGCGUCCACGGUCGGGCUCAUCUUCAGGAGUCACGGGGGCAACACCCGGCUUCUUGUCGGAGCCACUUACACAGGGGCUGGAACCCAGUUUUUCCCCAAAAAUCACAGCAAGGAGGAUCUGCGCUUUGAGAACACGCCGGAGAUCGCCAUCCGCUCCUUAAACGUCAAGGAUUUAUCUCGCCUUUUCACCUAUGACAUAAACCCCUCGGAGGAUAAUGUCUUUAAGAUUAAACAAGAGGUAAAAACCAAAAACAAGCUGAACUUCGUCCAUGCUUUCAUUCAAAAGACUUAUUCUUAUAUUGCCUUUAAUAAUGAUGCGAAAAUGGGCCAUAAGGAGAGUCAGCCCAACAGCAUCCUCGCCAGGAUAUGUUUGGAUACGGAGAACCCCAAAAAGCCCACCGGCCCAGAGAGCAGGAAGCUCACUGAGUCCUACAUCCAGAUGCCGCUCCAGUGUGGAUUUAGUGGGAACAUUUACAAUCGGUUGCUGUCCGUGUAUCCAGCGGAGAUCCACACAGACAGCGGGAAAAGCUCUGAGCCGUACCUGUUCGGAGUGUUUUCCAAGGCGGACAGAAAGUCUGCUCUGUGCGCCUUUAAGUUUAGUGACAUUGAGGAGGAGAUCCGACAAGGCCGCAGGAACUGCUCCAACUCCCCCAGCAGCGACGUUCAGGUCCUGGACAGCGUCAUCCAGGGCUCUGGAGCAGCCUGCAUCCAGAAAGGCAACCUGGUGUUGCAGCCGGAGCAGCUGGACUGCGGUGCGGCCCACCUGCAGCACCCUCUGGCUCUACGGAGGUCCCUCAGAGCCAUUCCCCUGUUUGAGUACACUGGCCUUAGUUCUGUUUCUGUGGAUAAUGUGCACAACCACACUGUGGUUUUCCUGGGAACGAGUAAUGGACGGCUUCGUAAGCUGACCUUCUUGCCGAACAUGACCUUGGCCAAUCAGUGGGCACUGAAGCUCCCGGCAAGCGAAGCAGUCCACCACAUCAUGACCUUUGACCCCAACGACAGCAACUUCCUUUAUCUCAUGACCUCACACCACAUGCUGAGGGUAAAAGUGAUGCAGUGUGACCAGUGGAGGAGCUGCAGUGACUGUUUGGGAGCAGGUGACGCCCACUGUGGUUGGUGUACUCUGGAGAAUAGGUGCACCAUCCAGAAGGAGUGUGCUCAGGGCCUGUUGUCACGCUCCUGGAUCGGCAUGGGUGAAGGCCCACAGCAGUGUCCGUCCAUGACCCUCACACCCCCAGAAAUCAGCAUCUCGGCAGACAUCAAGGAUGUUGGUAUCCUGAUAAAUGGAAGUGUUCCUGAUCUCAUUGGCUCGCGGGUAGAGUGUGAAUAUGGGCCGGGUGUUUCCACAGCUGCAACAGUGCACCUAGACUACGGUCCCGCUCAAAUCCAGACCUGCCCCCUUCUCCCCCGAGAAAACUACCAACCAAUCGUUCCUGGCACAGAUCAUCUGACUGUUUCUGUGGCGAUUAAAGUGAAUGGCACAUCUGUGGUAUCUGGGAGCUUCAUCAUCUAUGACUGUGAAAGGACCGGAGCGAUUCACCCAAAGAAAUCAUGUGUGAGCUGCCUGAGCACCAGGUGGAAGUGUUACUGGGACCAGCAGAACCACCUCUGCUUGUCCAGUAAGGACGAGUCAAAGAACAACCUGCUGGAGAAUCCUGCUUCCUGCCCCAGCUUGGUGGCCACUGAGGUUCCUCCAUCACCAUCAGGCAUGGCCCAGGACUUCACCUUAUCCCUGAGCAACAUCCAGGAGGGAGAGCAGCUGGAGUGUGACUUUGGGACGGAGCAGAGAUAUGAGGCCACAUGGCUGAACAGCUCUACUGUCAAGUGCAGCGGAGUUAUACUGUCCACAAACCAGAGGAGUCAGUUUUACCACCUCAACCUCAGGAGAAGAGGAUACUUUGGGCGUCAGGGGGAGGAUAUAUUCAUCGACAGCCCAGAGCCCAUGAAAGUGGAGGUGUACAACUGUGGAGUGGGCAGCGGAGACUGUUCCCAGUGUUGGGGUCGGGAGGAUCAGGGCCACCUCUGCGGUUGGUGUGACAACAGCUGCAGGCCGAGGGAUGACUGUCAGCCAAUCAGGGAUCAGUGCCCCGCUCCUGAGAUCUACAAGAUCUCCCCCCUGAAGGGUCCUGUGGAUGGAGGCACCCUGCUGACAGUAGAGGGCAAGAACCUGGGCCGCAGGGCUGGGGCUGUACAAAUCUCUAUUGGAGAUGUACCAUGCAUUCUUCAGCCUGAACUCUACACUGUCUCUGUGCAGCUGAUGUGUGUCACUGGGAGGUCUGCACUUGUCAUGAAGGACAUCGUCCAAGUGGAUGUGGAUCAGAGUGGGGUGGGGACGUCAAAGGAAAGCUUCUCAUAUUUAGUUCCAAAGCUGUUCUCCAUGGAGCCAGGGAAGGGCUCUCGUGCUGGAGGAACCAGAGUGACCAUUAGGGGUGAACACCUGGACAUUGGCUCUCAGGUCAAAGUCAAGGUCAACAACACACUGGAAUGUAUCAUCAUUGAGAAAACAGAUGAAACUAUUGAGUGCACCAUGCCUCCAGCCUUACUGCCGUACACUGACUCUGUGCUGGUGUGUGUGGAAUUUGAAAGCCUUCCCUGUCAGAGUGAUCAGCUUAGUACCACAUACACCUACGAGAAGAACCCCUCGAUCAGCUUCAUCCACCCGGAAAAGAGUUACCUCAGUGGUGGCAGGACCAUCACAGUCACAGGCCAAGGUUUUGAUCUGGUACAGAGCGUCACAAUGCAGGUGGUGGGGAUUGGAAUAUCAGACUGCACAGUCAUCUCCACCUCCAUGAUCACCUGUCCAUCCCCGGCGGCGAGCCAGUCCCAGCAGACCACCGUGCAGUUCCUCCUAAACGGAAUCUCGUACACCGGAGACAGCCCAGCCUCCUCGGACAGCGAGGCAGAGGAAGAGGAGGGGGAGCUUCUUAAAGGUCACUUCCUGUUGGAGUAUGUGGAGGAUCCUCAGUUCUUCACUGCUAACAAGGAGAAGCUGAUUAAACACCACCCGGGAGAGCCACUGACACUCAUCAUCAAUAAAGGGCCGAGCGAUCUGGAACUGGUGCCGGAGGAAUACUCAGUGAUGAUUGGCUCCUAUCCUUGUAACAUCAGCUUCCAUAACGACCAGCUGUUUCACUGCACCAUCAAUGGAUUGUUGAGCUCCAGUGAGAGAGAGCUGCCCGUCACUGUUCAAGUGGGGAACUUUCGUCACACUAUUGCAAAAGUGCAGCUCGGUGGCAGUGAGCUGGCCAUUGUGGUGUCCAUCGUGGUGUGCUGUGUGCUGCUGCUGCUGUGCACUGUGGCUCUUGUAGUUUACUGCACAAAGAGCCGAAGGGCGGAACGCUACUGGCAGAAAACUCUACUCCAAAUGGAGGAGAUGGAAUCCCAGAUCAGAGAGGAAAUCCGUAAAGGAUUCGCAGAGCUGCAGACGGAUAUGACAGACCUGACGAAGGAGCUGAAUCGCAGCCAGGGCAUCCCCUUUUUGGAGUACAAACAGUUUGUCACACGCACGUUCUUCCCCAAGAUGUGUUCUGAUUAUGAAAAGAGUCUGGUCCAGCCUGUCUACGAGAAUGAUGCUUUGGGUCCCCGAGCGCUGCCAGAGACCCACCCGCUGCUGCAGGAUUGGCAGCAGGCCACCAACACAACAAGGCCCAACGUAGAGGAGGGCAUCACUCUGUUCUCUACUCUUCUCAACAAUAAGCACUUCCUCAUCACAUUUGUCCAUGCCUUGGAACAGCAGAAGGACUUUGCAGUAAGAGACAGAUGCAGCCUGGCAUCUCUGCUCACCAUCGCCCUCCAUGGUAAACUUGAGUACUACACCAGUAUCAUGAAGGACCUUCUGGUGGACCUGAUUGAUGCUUCCGCCUCCAAGAACCCCAAAUUGAUGCUGCGCAGAACUGAGUCUGUUGUGGAAAAAAUGCUGACCAACUGGAUGUCUAUAUGCAUGUACAGCUACCUCAAGGAAACAGUGGGUGAGCCUUUCUUCCUGCUGCUGUGUGCAAUCAAGCAGCAGAUCAACAAGGGAUCCAUAGACGCCAUCACAGGGAAGGCUCGCUACACCCUCAAUGAGGAAUGGCUGCUGCGUGAGAAUAUUGAAGCCAAGCCACAGAACAUAAAUGUGUCCUUCCAGGGCUGUGGCAUGGACUCACUGUCAGUCAGGGUCAUGAAUACAGACACAAUCUGCCAGGUGAAGGAAAAAAUCAUAGAAGCCUUUUAUAAAAACCUGCCAUUCUCCCAGUGGCCCCGAGCAGAAGAUGUAGACCUGGAGUGGUUCGACUCCGGUAGCAACAGUAAGCUCCUGCAAGACCUGGAUAACUCCUCGGUGAUGGAGGAUGGCAGGAAGAAACUCAACACUGUCUUCCAUUACCAGAUCCCAGAGGGGGCAUCACUAGCCAUGAGCAUGAAAGACAAGAAAGAGAACACCCUGGGGAGAGUCAAAGAUCUGGACACGGAGAAGUAUGUGCACUUGGUCCUACCUCAUGAUGAGCUAAUGGAGACCAGGAAGUCGCACAGGCAGAGCCACCGCAAAAAAGUCCUGCCUGAAAUCUAUCUGACGCGCCUGCUGUCUACCAAGGGAACUCUUCAGAAGUUCUUGGAUGACCUCUUUCAGGCCAUCCUCAGCAUCCCACCGGACCGCCCACCUCUAGCUGUCAAAUACUUCUUUGACUUCCUGGAGGAGCAGGCAGACAAACGGGGGAUCACAGACCCAGACACCCUGCACAUCUGGAAAACCAACAGUUUACCUCUGCGCUUCUGGGUGAACAUCCUGAAGAAUCCUCAGUUUGUGUUUGACAUUGACAAGACGGAUCACAUGGACGCGUGUCUGUCUGUCAUCGCCCAAGCUUUCAUCGAUGCCUGCUCUAUUUCUGACCUGCAGCUUGGCAAGGACUCGCCUACCAACAAGCUGCUGUAUGCAAAGGAGAUCCCUGAGUAUAAAAAGAGAGUUCAAUGCUAUUACCAGCAGAUACAAGAAAUGGCACCUCUUAGUGAGCAGGAGAUGAAUGCCCACCUGGCUGAGGAGUCAAGAAAAUACAGAAAUGAAUUCAACACCAACCUGGCCUUGACAGAAAUCUACAAAUAUGCCAAGAGAUACAGAAACCAGGUGGUAAACGCUUUGGAGUCUAACCCCACUGCACGUCGCACUCAACUGCACCACAAGUUCGAGCAGGUCAUUGCCCUUGUGGAAGACAACAUCUACGAGUGCUGCAGCGAAGCCUGAACCUGCCAGUGUCUUUUUCUACUAGCCAUCUCCUGCUGCUCCUGCUGCCAGCUGACGUUCCCCUAUCCGGGCAGAUACUUGGGAAUGUUGGCCACUAAGGAAUUAGCCUUCAUAAGUGUCACAGACUUUAAUAGUGUGAAAAGUGUUGGCGCGAAGGACUGAAACCUGCCUCACAAGCAUCAUCCAUUAGCGAGGUGUUCUGCACUUCGCGCUCUCACCUGGGAAUGCCUGGUAUUUUUCCCAAAUCUUGUAGGAGCUUGGAGAUGAGGCUUUUUCUGGAUGUCUGUACAGUUACUGGGACCUAAAGCCCUGGUGGCAAUCUUAACGCACUGAACCCCUCUUAAGGGAAUGAGCCAAUGAUGCACUGUACUGUAAUAUAAUGUCCAUAGCAAUAUUUAUAGAUGUGUUAUAAUGCUUUCAAGUGGCCUGUCUAUCAGAAUGAAUAGGAGGGACCUUGAUAAACUCCUCCCAUCACCUAAAACCUGCAAUGUUCUCAGGUGUGAUUGAUGAAGAAUACGAGUGACUCAUUCUUAUCGGUGCUUUAAACAAUACAUCCCAAUGUGCUUUGCAGGUUGAUGAUGGGUUGCGGAGGAGAGAAGAAAGGAAUAGUAAUCAUUGUCUGUGGGUAAUACCCGCGAAACGACUGAAACUUAUAAAUCAGAUGUAAUGUAGUUCAGUGGGAAGAGCUGCAUCAGUAUAGAAGUGUUGAUUAUAGUGUGCUUGUAAACAAAUGAAUAUUAUGUUGGACUCUGAGCAAAUUUAAAGAGGGAAAUAUACAUUUAUGGAAAAAAUGUGACUCAAUAUAAUCAGAGGAGAAGAUGACUGUAUUUGUGAUGCCAAAUGACUUGUCAGAGUUUGUGAAAUAAAUUACAGUAUUUAGGAUUUUAA